AUGCCGCUGAUUAUGAUUUUGGGAGCUCUUGUCGCAGGGAUGACUUCCGAAGGAGGAGGAGCCGUAGCGUUUCCAUUCAUGACACUUGGACUCCACAUUGAUCCGAUCACAGCCAGAGAUUUUUCGUUACUCAUGCAGUCAGUAGGAAUGAUGUGCGCUAUGUUUGUCAUUAUGUUUAUGCGGGUACAAAUCGAACAGCGAGCCGUGCUGUUUGGGACGAUUGGCUCUAUUCCUGGUCUCAUAAUUGGGUUUAAAUAUGUGAGUAAUCCUAUAGCUAGUAAUAAAUUUGAUCCACUGCUCGACGCCCCUCAGAAGAAGAUGCUCUUCGUCUCUAUUUGGUCUUCAUUUGCAAUAGCUUUAUUCAUUCUGAACUCACAAAAAAAGCGGAAAACCUAUCACAAAAUUCCAGAUUUCCAGCCGUGGAAGGCUGUUGUUUUGAUGGCCACCGGAUUUGUUGGAGGUAUUUUCACUGCUUUUGCUGGAUCUGGCGUUGAUAUUUGUAUCUUUUCCAUGACAACACUGUUGUUCAGAGUAACUGAAAAAACGGCGACUCCUACGACUGUGGUGCUGAUGGGUAUGUUUGUCUACAGUUUUCGAAAUUACCACUUUGGUAUAGAAACUUCUGAAAAUACUCUCAUCGAUGUCGUGAUCGCGGAAGGCAACUCAAUUUCCAAAAAUUCGAAAUCUGAACGGUUUGAAACUCUUUUUGAUGGAAUGAUUCUAGGACUUAACUCGAUGGUUGGCGGAUACUAUCGUCUUGUGUGGGAAGGUGACGUGCCAAGCCUUGCGCUAGACUACCUCAAAGUCUCUAUUCCCGUCGGUGUCACUCUUGCUCCAUUUGGCAGUUUUCUCGGAUCUCAUUUCCAUAGACAGGUUCUCGCAUGUUUCAUAUACGUACUGGAAUGUCUUUCCGUAAUCGGCUUUCUACUUACUCGACCUGAUGUUACUUUGAUCUGUGUGGGUAUAGCAAUAAUCUUCGCUGGAUUCAUUUUCUUUUCUACAAUUAGCCGAGCAGGAGAACGGCUUAUGGAGCGGCUCGAGAACGGCUCAUCUGGAAGUUCCAUAGCAAAAGAAAUGAAUAAAAUGGCAUCCGCUUGA